CAAGGCGCCACCAUCAUUCCCGAUCUCGACAUUUAUGAAUCCACCACACACAUCCUCGUGGAUGUCGUCUUGCCUGGUGUCAGUAAGGAAGCUGUCAAUGUCGAAUACGAUCAAAAGACCAACCGCAUCUUGAUCUCUGGAGAAGUGGCUGCACCCAAGCACAGCGGCGAGGAGGUCAAGCUCGUGCGUCAGGAACGACCGAUCGGCAAGUUUGAGCGCGUGGUGGGUCUCAACACGCAGCAGAUUGUGCCAGAGAAGAUCCAGGCUUCCUUUGAUGCUGGUGUCUUGUCGUUGCAAGUUCCCAAGGACACCAAGAGUGAGGAGAAGCGCAAGAUUAGCAUU